UACCUCAAGCAAGUCAGCUGUGAUAGAUCUGAUAGAUUUUUUUUUCAACACAACUAUUUUGAAAACAGAUUCAAGCUUCCAUUUAGUGGAUUUCCUAAAUUUCCUAGAUUUCCUCACACCUGCACCACUCUAUGGCGAAGGCAAUGAGAGAGCCCAUUUUCCCCCUCUUGGAACUAACAUCCAUGUAACCACUAUACACAAUAUUUCAACUUUUAAGAAAGCCUUUUCCAACCAAUCCAAAAUGCUAAAAAUAAUUUAUUCAGUAGGAGAAAUACAGGAUGCAUAUUAAUUCAUCUAUCGGAAUAUUAAAGAUCAUCUUCUAGAUCAUAUACAUCAUCUGGGCAGCAUAUCUCAAAGUUGGUCGUGUGCGGUGUCAAUCGAGGUUAAAUGAGGGGUAUGUUGCCCCCUAUAUCCUCCGACAGGAGGAGGGUGCGCAGUGCCAGGCCAGGCCAGUAGCAGCAGUCGACACAUCAUCGCACGUCUUUUACGCACACUGGAUGAACGGAGGCAGAGACCCGGUCGAGGAGGAUGCUUGCACCGGCACAGAAAGGCUUCCUCUCGGGGCUAGUGUACCAGGGAGCAGUGGUGUGGUCUCCGGCACUGGUGUAAAAUGCACUGGCGCAGACCGGGUGCGCAGGUCAGAACUAUAGCUGAUCUCGGUUGCUCGGCUUCGCCUCUCCAAUUUUUACCCUAGUAGGCUACUAUUUUUAAAUCUAUUGUAGCGAUUAUUUCCAGGUCACAAUUGCCAGUUUCCUGUGCGGCUUGCUUGCACCAAACAUGGCCGGAGAUGGCGGCGCUCUGAAGGAUAUCAAUGAAAUCAAAUCCCAGUUCCGGACCAGAGAGGGUUUCUACAAACUGCUCACUCUCUCGGACUCGCAGCAGCGGGGCGGGCUGCCGCGGGGUCCCUCCGCCGCAGCCACGCUGGGCCCUGGGGCCGGACCCGGUGCGAUACCGGGCGUAGGGGUCGGGCUGCUGCAGGGGCCCGGGGCUGCCGCCGCCGCCGCUGCCUCCUCCACCUCCGGCGCCGCGGCCAACUCCUCUCCGGCGGCCUUCCUGCCGCCAGUCCGGGUCUCUAUGGUCAAGCUGCAGCCCGAAGAUCCGGGCGAGGAGUCGGAGCGGGUGUGCUUCAACAUCGGCAGGGAGCUGUAUUUCUACACGUACACCAACAUCAAGAAGGCUGUGGACCUCAGCAAGCCGAUAGACAAGCGGAUCUACAAGGGCACUCAGCCGACAUGUCACGAUUUCAACCAGUACUCCGCCACAGCGGAGAGUGUAGCCCUCAUCGUGGGUUUCUCAGCUGGACAGGUCCAGUACCUCGACCCCAUCAAGAAGGAAACCAGUAAACUCUUCAAUGAGGAGAGGUUGAUAGACAAAUCCAAGGUGACGUGUCUCAAAUGGCUCCCCAAGUCAGACAACCUGUUCUUGGCCUCCCAUGCCAGCGGACAUCUCUACCUCUACAACGUGGACCACCCGUGUGGCACCGCCGCCCCGCAGUACUCUCUGCUGCGCCAGGGAGAGGGGUUCGCCGUCUACGCCUGCAAGACCAAGACGCCGCGCAACCCGUUGCUGCGGUGGGCUGUGGGCGAUGGGGGCCUCAACGAGUUUGCCUUCUCCCCGGACGGCGUGCACGUGGCGUGCGUGGGCCAGGACGGUUGCCUGCGUGUCUUCCACUUUGACUCGAUGGAGCUGCAGGGCGUGAUGAAGAGCUACUUUGGCGGGCUGCUGUGCGUGUCGUGGAGCCCCGACGGGAAGUUUCUGGCCACAGGCGGCGAGGACGACCUGGUUACCGUGUGGUCGUUUGCAGAGAGCCGCGUGGUUGCGAGAGGCCACGGCCACAAGUCGUGGGUCAAUGUGGUAGCGUUUGACCCCUUCACCACUUCCCUGGAGGAUGAGGAGCCCAUGGAGCUAAGUGGCAGCGAGGAGGACCUCCACCAGGGGCCGACAAAUAACACCAUGCAUUUUGGGCGGGUCCGAACUAGCAGCACACUGUCCCGUCUUUCUCGGCACAGUUCUAAAGGUGGCGGCUCGUCGUCGGUCACAUACCGGUUUGGCUCGGUGGGGCAGGACACCCAAUUCUGUCUGUGGGACUUGACAGAUGAUGUGUUAUACCCACGCCUGCCGCUAUCCCGCGCCUUCACUAACACUUUUGGACCAUCGCUGUCUAACUCUGGCAGCGGGGCGGUCAACAGCACCCCAGUUGUGGCGGGAAGUGGAACGGUUGAAGGACACCACCACCCGCCUAACACUAACACCGGCGCCGCCAACCCACCAACGCUCCCCCUACCGCUUCCUCGCUCCCUCUCCCGCUCCAACUCUUUACCCCACCCUGCUGUGGCGAAUGCCAAGGGUCAAAGCACCACGGAGGGUGGCGGGGGAGGCGGCGGAGGGAGCUCCGUCGGAGGGAACAGCGCGCCCUUCAGCAUCGGCCGCUUCGCCACGCUGUCGCUCCAGGAGCGCAAGUCGGACAAGUCAGGCUGUAGCAGCGGGGUGGAGAAGGAGCACAAGAGGUACCACAGCCUGGGCAACAUCAGCAAGAGCAACGACAAGAUCAACGUGGCACCGAGGAGCAACCGGCUGGACGCCGCCAAGGUCCUGGGCACCACGCUGUGCCCGCGCAUGUACGAGGUGCCGCUCCUGGAGCCGCUGGUGUGCAAGAAGAUUGCACAUGAGAGGCUGACGGUCCUAGUGUUCAUGGACGACUGCAUCAUCACAGCCUGCCAAGAGGGUCUCAUAUGCACCUGGGCACGGCCGGGGAAGCCGAAUCUGACAGCACAGAACGGGAACUCUCCAAGUGGCACGGUGGUAUAGCUGCAAGGGGGAAACUCCCUCCCACCGUCGUCUCCAUUGAUCCUCAAGGAUUUCAAACAAGGUGCCAACAACCACAGACCAUACCUUUUUCGACCACGACAGUAUUACACCGUCGGUGUAACCCAUUGUGAUGGGUUACCUUGAUGAUUUCACACAGCUUGGUGGGAAACACUUCCUGAAUUAGCAAAACUGCUAACAUCACGUUAGCAGAUUUAUGAAGUACAGAUUUCCCUCUCUUAUGCGAAAGACACAGCAAAAGCCACAACCUUUUUAUUUAAGUUAUUUAUUUUAUCACAAGGCUGUGUAGGGAUGUAUAAUGUAAUUACAGAAAAUACAUUAAAAGGACAAACAUGUAUGGGAACACUGCCUACAAGGCAAGGAACCGAAGAACAACGGAGAAGAUGAAGAAUAUUAAUAUAUGAAGAUGCUUCUAUUGUACAGAUCAACCACAGCUAAACAACAAAAAAAGAAUGUCUGCUGUUUUAGGGAACUUGAAGAUGUCAGUGUUUUCUUUUUUGUGCGAUGAGAGUUUCCUCCAGUUAGUCCCUGGAAGGCUAGCCGGGGGAUGGGUUGUUUGAAUCGAGCGUGACCUACCACGAGGCGGGUGACCCGAAUGGAGCACAGAGAGGCUGCAAGCUGUACAUUUCAGCCGACUGAUCCGUACAAUACUUCACUGGGACAUUGCGUGUUGGUGGACAAACUGCAAUGAACAAACACACACUCAACAUUUCGAACGUUAAUACUGCUCCACGCACACACACUAAUUCACUCACGUAACACACACACACGCACUCAUGGUGUAGCAUCACAUAUACUGUAUCUUCAUACCUGUUACACCUCAAUGGCCUCUUGCAUGAAUUUGCACAUGUGAUCCAUCAUGAGCAGCUCAAGAGACACAAGGGGUGUUAUUGUGUUGUCUGAGCUUCACAGAAACAUCUCCACACCAUUCACUGGAUAUCUGGUGCAGAUGAUACGUGUCCUUUGUCUCAGUUUCAACAUUUUUCAUCAGUUUUGAUUCAGCUUAUGAAAUACCGGUGCUCAUUAAAGUCUGUCAGAUACCUGAUACAUUAUUUAAGUGACCCAAAUGUUUUGUGAGCAAACACCACUUUUGUUUCAGCAUCUUUCUGGGCUGCCUUCAGUAAACCUGCGAUUUGUGAUUAAAAGUUUAAAUAAAGAAAACUAAUAUUAUUUUACAAGUUUAUUUUUUGCUAAUUCCUCCGUCGAUCAUCACUACAUCGGACCUUUGACUCAAACUCAAACAUGAGCAGUGAACACAUGUUCCUCCUGCAAGUCUUUACACUUCAUUGUAGUCAUACUGUCUUUCUCUGACACUCACUCCGACGCACCGUGAUGGAGUCAGGCAUUCAUAAGCGAAAUCUUAGCGAAAAAAAUAAUGUUGAAUAAUGAAUAAUUGGUUGCUUUUAAAUUGCUAAAUUGGUUUCAAUUAUUUCUGAAAAUCCGUCUUGAGCUCUUACGUUACAAGUGUUAUCAAAUUGGAAGCGCUGUUUUUAUCAGCAUUUUUAGGUAAUGGAGCUACCAGUCCGACAAUUUGGCCUAUAAAUAGCAUAGCAACUUCAGACACUGCAAGAGUCAAGGUCAUACCCUUGUAGCAGCAGACAAAAUUAUUGGAUUAGCUUGCAACACAUGUAAAAUUGCAUGUAAUGUACACCAGUUGACGUUGUCAUAGUAACAGCAGAGAGUCUGAACUCAUUCAGCAGCUUCGAUCUUCCACCACGAUUGGAAAAACUAGAAAAACACUGAGAAUUUUGUGCAGCUCAAUUCAAGUCUUUCAAGCCAGAUGUUUGAAUUCAUUGAUGAAGUCAAGAUCUUAAAUGGAAGCAGUUAAGAGGUGUGAGACACACAUUGAAGGAGGAUGGAGAAAAAAGGGAAGAAACCUUAAGGAGACUGGAAGAUGAGGGAUCCCUCUCCCAAGAUGGACAGACUACAAUAUGUACAGAAUGAACAACGUAAAAGAUGUACAAUAAAUUUGAUUGCUAUGACACAAAUGAUUCAAAUAUUGCUGGUAGUAAGCCAGCUGUAUGGCAGGACAACUGCAGGGACAACCACUAUCAGCUAUAACCACCAUCCACAGAAGCCUAUUAUAUUAUAUAUUUAUAAUAUAAUAAUUAUUAAAUAAUAGUUCCUCUUUCAUUUUUUUUGUUUUUGGAUCACACCAUCACCCCCAAAGUCCCCUAACUUUUUCUCAUUUUAUUGCUGCUCAAAGGGAUGUUGCAGUGGGUUAAUCAUGUAUAGAAGCAACCAACUCCACUUAGCCACUCAGCAGAAAUCAAGCCUAAAGGUGGUCCCAGGCUGGCUCGCUCAGUGGGACAGAAAGGUCUAAUGAGUCAAAUUCAAAGUGACACGUUAACAGUACAUCAAAUACUAUUCUGUGAGACACAACUUCAUUUCCAAAAGCUUCUUAAUCAAACCCUAUUUCAAACAAGUAAAAUCGGAUGAUUUCUUGCGUUCUGAGCUUUAAAAAUCAACCAGGUUAUAUUUUAAUUGUGUAAAUGGGAGUCCCAUGCCCAUGUCGCUGUGUCCAACUAGGAAGUCGAAUAAAAAAAGAAAGAUGUAUUUUUGCCCUCAAAACAACUCAUUACCAAGGUAACAAACAGCAUUCCAUGAAUGUUGUUCAUUUUUAUGUGAUGUUUUAAUCUUUUUAUUUUUCUCAUUUGUCUCUGUUUGAGUAUAUUAUAUGGAAUAUGCACUCUAUUUUCACCAUAUGGUUACUACAUGUGCGCUCACACACACAGACACACUCACACAAACUCACUCUCUCACACACACAGGCUUUUAAAAACUUUACAUCUGUUUCCGGUGGAAGUUAUAACAGCAGAAUGUCAUGAUAUAUCAUAUGAUAUCCAAUUUGUAUAUGGAGAUCUGUUAUUAAAAUCUCCAAUAAGU